CCACUUCAACAACCCCCCAACCCCACUCUCACCCGUCGUCGCUUGCGCCAAAAUAUUUUUCUAUUUUGCAUUCCAAACACUCCGCAUUUUCACACUGUCUCUCUCUCUCUUUCCCUGUUCCAGUGUUCCAGCUCUCCUUGUCUUCUUCUCUCUGUAUUCGUGAAAAAUGGAGAACCAAGAUCACAAAGCAACGGUGUCGUCAGGUCAUGCGAGCCAUGGCGUGCACUUGUGUCACAAAUGUGGGUGGCCUUUCCCAAACCCGCACCCGAGUGCUAAGCACAGGAGAGCCCAUAAAAAGGUCUGCGGAACUAUUGAGGGGUAUAAGCUUACUGAAUCUGAAGCCACCCAUUUGGCUAUUUCGGACGACGAACACCCCUCCGAUGAUGAUCCGCGAACCCCAAGUCCUAAGGUUAACAACAAAAGUUUGAAAGAGGCUGCUGCUAGCUUCAAAUCCACUAGAUCAGAGGAUGAGCUUUUCUCUGAUGCCAUGACAGAGUUUUCUGAUAGUGCCCAUCAUAAUCCAGUCAUGGAUGAAGGUUUGGAGGCUGCUAUAAAAUUGGGCAAACAUGCUCAAAAAUUUCCGGGGGGCGAUGAGUUACCCAAGGUUGAUGCACCUACUGAUGCUUCCAAACCACUUGAUGAUCCGUUAAAGACGAGCCAAUUAGGAGAUCCUCAACUGCUGGGAAGUGAAGUGAAGCCUUUAGAUGCUACUACACCUUUUGGAUCAAAAUCCAAAGACUCUAUUGGGCUCAAUGAACCAAGUGGUCAACAGUUGGACGUGGCUCCAAUUUUGGAGAAUAUAAAAGCAACCGGUGAGGAAGUCGUGAUGAGUAAUGAAAUGAAGGACAUUUGUGUACAAGAAAAUGAACAUGCAAAUGCCGGUGAGAUUCUAGCUGAUGCUGUAGAAUCUUCAAGGGACAUAGCUCCGUUGCAAAGUAGAUUAUCGGAAUCUGAUUCAGUGAAGACAGCAGUACAAGAGGGAGAGGAAAAGACUUCUAGUCUAAGCCAGAAAGAAGAAGUGGAGUCGGUUGAAGCAGAAAACAAAGUAUCAAGCUCUUCUAGUUUGGAACCUGAGUUACUCGAGGGGGCUAGAGAUACUCCAGGACAUAUUAUACUGGAAUCUAAGUCAAAUGGUGAAGAUGUAAAAAUCCCAUGCCCGCUAGACCAGAAUUCUGAUCAGUGUCAGGCAGAUGGCAAUGCUUCAGAGGUUGUGAGUCUGGAUAGAAAGUUAGAGCCAAGUGAUGAGUUGGAAACUAAGAUGGGAGGGAAGGAUGAAAGUGGCGUCUUUCUUCAAGUUUCUCCUCUGCAGAAGACAGACACUGAGGAUAUAGAGGGAAGGUGCCAAAAUGAUUUUGUUGAGUUAUGCAAAACAGAAGUGGAAGAGAAGGAAGAUGUGCAUCUGCUAUCUGAGGCAAAAGACGUAUCUUCUUUACACAAUGCUGGACUUGCGGUUCAAGAAUACAAAGAUUACAAAUAUUUAAAAUCUAACCUUGCACUUGAUCUCGGUGCUGGUGAUGAAGGAAUUAGCUCUGCACAGGAUGAUGUUAAGCCCGACCAGAGCCUACUUGAGCCUCCUUCAAUCUUAGAUGCUUCAGGAGAUGGCAAAGUUCCUAUAGAGGGAAAAAUUGAUCUAAAUGGAUCAUCAGAGGUGAUAAAUGAUGAAAAUCUUGGAUCUUCGAUAUCUGUUCCAGCUACCUUGGAGUCACCGAUAUUGAGUUUUGAGCCAACUAAUAGUCAUUCUACGGAGGAUGAGUCUUCACAAAAUUCUUUUCAACAAUGUAAACCACUUGCCCAUUCAGAUGAGAAUUCUAUUGCCCCUUGUACGGGUGGGGAUGUUGGGCAAAUAGUUCCCACAAUCUUAGAUGCUUCAGGAGAUGACAUUACUAAGGAUGAUGGCAAAGUUCCUAUUGAGGGAAAAAUUGAUCCAGAGGAGGAAAUUUCAGUAUCUGCUCCGAUUACCUUGGAGAAUUUGGACCCAACUAAGGAUGAGUCUUCGCAAAAUUCUUUUAAACAAGGUAAGCAACCGGGCGACUCAGAUAAUAAUUCUAUUGCUCCUUCUUCGGGUGAUGAAGUCAGGCAAACAAUUACACGAGGAGGAAGUGAAAUUUUUUAUGAUUGUGCAAUGGAUACAACCAAGAUGUCUUUUCCGGCUGAAAAUGAGAGCAGGGAAGGACAUCCACAGGAUGAGUAUUCUGCUGAUGCAAAGAUAGGAUUUGGAUUUGAAGAGACACAAACUCCUGUUUCUUUUGAAGGAGAUGACCAUCCUGAUCUUGAAAAAUCUGGAACUAAAUGUUUGGAUGUAGAAAGGUCGAGGAGCAUGGAAGAGACUGGGGGAAAACUGGCAAAGUUAACUGGAGGAGGAGCUGAAGAUUAUCAAACUCUUGGAGUUGGUGAUGGUUCACUUCAUGAUAAAGCUAGGACUGAAGUGCAAAAUAUAGCUGCUGGGAGUGAACACAGAGGAGAAGAUGCAAAGGACAAGAUGGUCAACAUAGAAUCAAAGCACGAUUCUUCAGUCACAGUACUAGAAUCGACUAAUGCAGCUGGGGAUGCUGAAAGAAAUCAUGAAAAUGUGGAACCCAUUUCUUCAAUUUCUGGAAAACAUGCAGAUGUAAGCCUUCAGGAAAAACCCUACGAGGGUCCCACUUUUAGUGAGUCAACAAGUUUGCCUGUUGACUUGAAUUCGGGGAAUUCUGCUACUGUGGAAAAUAAUAAUAUAGGAGUUGGUUCUGUUCCCUUAAAGGGCGAAGGUGAUGACAAAACCAGAAAACAGCAAGACGGUGUUACUGCAGUUGAUAUGUCAGUGGCAUCAAGUAGCAGAACUGAUAGCUUGGAAGCCAACUGGGGAUCUGUUUCAGUGCUUUCUAUCCAGUCAGAGACACCAGCCCCUGAUUCUGGAGCACAAGAAAAUCAAAAGACAAAAGUGGAAAGAAACCCUGACAAGUCUGACACAUUCGAGCCUCCAUCUUUCAUGACUUUGGUGGAAUCUGGUUCAGAGAUUGAAAAUGCGCAACAUCCCAAAUCCGAUCCUCUGAAGGCUGGGUGGUUUCCAUCUCUGAAUAAUGUUGUGAACGAGUCUCAAGGGCGGAAGAAAAAUGAGGAGAUCAUUGCCAAAGUCACAAACUGGAGCACAGGCAAGCAACACACUCCCCUGAAAAAUCUCCUGGGCGAGGCCAAAUCGCCACCAAACACUAAACAAGUGACACAAAAAGAUGAAACCGCCACUCACAACACUGCUGCUACAGCCACCACCACCACGGUGAACUCAAUUCUAACCUUUGAGCCACCGACUGCUCCAAAGGAGGCUGUCGAGAAAGAAUGGGAUUCUCCGGCAAGGUAUCCAGUUGGUAUUAAGAAGGAAAAGAAGAAAGGGAAAGCAUACUGGGUACCCUUUGUUUGCUGCUCUUCAGUACAUUAAGAUACACAUAUAAAAUAAAAAUCUUGGUCGGGUAGACAACAUUAGAAUUAUUCAUGUUACACAAGUUGGCUGCCUACUUUGUUUCCAUCAAAUCACAUCACGGCUUUAGGUGAACAGUGAACUCCUCCUGUACUGUGUCAUUAUCAGAUCGUUUUUGGGAUUAUUUGUGUGGUAUGUAAUGUAAGCAGCUUAUUGGAUAUAUAUAUAUAUCACUUUAGUUCUAAUAUAUCUGAGACAGACACGCAUAUCUGUAACCAGUACGUUUUUCUGAGACUCAAUUAUUUCCCUUCAUCCA